AAGUGCCGCCCGCCGCGAUGUGGUCCGUGUUUUUCGUGUUUCUGUCUUAUCUAGACAGGAACUUUGUUAAAGGCGAAUUCUUAAGCAAAGCUUUAGAUGCAGAGAAAGAGAGCAAAGAGCUCUUUUACAUGCUUAACAACACUCUUUGCGCCAAAAGUUCGGUUGUGGGAGAGUAUCACCUCCAUCAGGUUACCGAUGGGGCUGAAGAGGUUCGCUCUGUGCAUGACUCUGAGGGCCGCCUGGUCGACUGCUCUGUGAUCCAAAACGAAAUGCAAGUGAAAUCCUUCAUGCACGUGUGCAGACUUGGGCUAAGAAACCAAAUGAGCUCCGAUUUGAAGAUGAGUUUGAAUGGGGUGUCCGAAGCGAAGGCGAACUGUAACCAGCUGAAGUCAAAAGGCGACAGGAACGUGAUCACGACAACAAAACAAGCAAAAGAGCCAAACUCUGAUGCAGCGAACAAUAAAAAGACGCGAACCAAGCGAGGCUUCACUUAUCCCGGGACACUUUGGUGUGGUGCAGGAAACAUCGCAGAUCAUUAUGACCAGUUAGGCGAAUUCGGAGAGACCGACAAAUGCUGCCGCGUUCACGAUUACUGCCCGUAUGUCAUCCAUGCGUUCUCCUCCAAUUAUGGAUACACCAACUUUAAAUGGCACUCCCUUAGCCACUGCGACUGCGACAAUGCCUUAAAGGAAUGCCUGAGACUUGUCAAUGACACUUCAUCCCGAGUCGUUGGACAAGCUUUCUUUAAUGUGAUCGAAGCGCCUUGCUUUGAGUUUUCAUUUGAAGAGCAGUGUGUUGAGCGUCACUGGUAUGGGGUGUGUAAAAAGUAUGACAGAGUUCCUGUUGCAGUAAUUAAAGAAUCAAUCCCUUAUGACUUUGGAGGCAUUGAUGUCAUUGAUGUUUUGACUAUCGCUCCUCCUAAACAAUCAGACGAAGAAAAGCAGAACACUGCAACCUCUGAAAGCACAACACAAUCAUCAUUCUCUGAAUCGAAGACCACCGCGCCUGAAGAGCCCUCGCUCACAAACGUGGUGACGGCUGCAGAGGAUUUCAUUAAAGUGCUCGCCACAGUCUCCACCUCUCAAAGCUCGUCUGCAGACGCAGGUAAAGGAGAAACUCAGACGUCAGAGAAGAAGAGGAAGAAAAAUUCCAGCAAGAAGAAAAAAGAGAACAAGAAGAAACGAGGAAAGGGUAAAGGCAGGAAGAAGAAUAAAAAACUCGACGCCGUGUUAAAGGUCGAUGAAGGAACGACCGGAGCGCCAUCGACCGGUCAAACAGAGGAGGUCAUGGGUAAGAACAACUUUGCAGAGGAAUCAGCGAAGAUGGAUGGGUUUAGGAUAAAAGAAAACAAUUUCAUGAACAGUGAGCUAGACUCUGAAGGAAAUUCUAAUAAGAUGAUGAGAGAUGAUCCUCAGAGGACAGUGAAUGGUAAUCAGGAUGUUGCAACCAUUACCACCUCAAUAAAGACAGAUAAAGAACCAGAGAUUCUACAGCACAGACCAGCAAAUGACACAGAGUUAGUCUCCACCUCACCUACAGCUCACAUUACCCCAGCUGUCCGUGAUAAGACCAGAGCUAAGCUGAGACAAAGAGCCGGAAAGAAAAAGCAAAGAAAAAACAACCCUUCCACAGAAGCCAAGGAAGAAGCUCUGUCGACUAGUCCGUCUGAAGGUGUCAGUUUCGUAACGUCAACACCCGAGAGUCCAACUGCCGCUGUAAGAAAUGAGGUGACGCAAAGUACAAUGCACACGGAAGAAAAGGGACCUGUAGUCACUACUACACAAAAAACACCCAUUGUUAGAACCAAAAGGCCAAGUUCAAGGCAGAGAGAAGGAAGAAAGAGAAUGAGGAAAAUCAUUGCUUCCUCUACAGAAGAACCUCCUCGUGAUAUCAGCUCUCAGGAUCCACUAUUGUUCACAGGUUCUGCAACUGUCAGGCCAACCGAUGUACUAGAGCGACUGGGAUUGGACCAACUUGAAAACCCGACAGAAGGUUUGAAGGACACCAAUGGUAGAAAGAACAAAGGAAGGCGUGUAAUCAGAAUCUGCUAUGAAGCGGUUUUGCCUGACGUUGCAGACACGACACCCCUCCCGACUCUGAUCGAAAAGGACACUGAGUUUCAGUUGAAGGAUCCUGAGAUGAACACAGCACCAAUGUUUCCACUCCUACAGACUAGCACUCCAUCCUCGGCAACCCGCAGACCUAGGAACACGAAAACGAAGAGAAGCAGGGAGCGAGGAAAUCGAGAAAAGCGUGGAAAAGUUAAGAGAGAAUGAAACUCAAGAAGCUCCGCAUGGUGCGACCAAAUGGUUUUUAUAUCUUCUAGGCUGCCAUACGAUAUUGUUUUAAUAAGCAGCAUGUUUUUACCUUCUCUGUUUUUAUAGCUUCGUUGAUGGUAGAAUGACAGAUCAGAUCAAUUUUAUAAAGCUUGUGUUUCUCGACAUGAUUGCUGAAUAAAGUAAAUAAGAGCACUGGUGGUCCUUCCAUAGCAUGGUUUGAGAAAACAUUCCUCUUCUUCACAGUAUGGGUUUUAUUUUUAAUAAACAAAAAGUUAAGUGUUCCUCCAGGUAACCUGAUUAUUUACAGCAUUUGCCCUUCUGUAUAAAAAAAACCCCUAGCCAUGUAUCUGCAGUGCACUGAGUCCAUUUAUGAUAGUCUUUGUUCAAGCACAGACUUUGGCCUUUUUAGGCCUUUGCCAGUGGACUUAAGCAGAAAGGGUCACAUUCUUCUCAAAGGAUAAUCUGCUUUAGGUACCUCACCCACCGUCCGACAUUAAAUGAGUAUUGUAACACUGGACUCAAAUCUCCUAUCAGCUGACCCUCACAUGUUCUUGUUAGAAAGCAAGGCCUUUGCAGAAUCGCAGCCUGAAGUUCUGAUUCAAGCCACGGUGUUACAAUAAUGCAUAUUAAGUAGGAAUUACUUAAUGUAGAAGUUUGGACAUGCAUCAUUAAUCAGCGUGUGAAUUAUGGGGUUUGGGGGAUCUGUCCUCCUAAUUAAAGUUGGGGCCACUGAAAAUAUAUAUUUCAACAGGGUUUGGAAUAUACACUACUCAAGAGAGCCCAAUGUGGGAUUUCCAUUAUUCAAAUGAGGGACCACCCAAAUCUAUUAAUAUUAUGGCCUGAGCUGAACAUCACACCAUUUUGCAUCACACCAACUUCCUCCUCUGUGACCCUACUGUACUCAGCAGUUUCAAAAAGAGUGUGUGAAAACAAUGUAGAGUCUCAUACAAGCUCUCUGGUUCCCAGACAUGGAAUAAUAAUCCAGCAUUCAGAGGGUGUAGAUGUUAUGAAAUAAUGUACAUUCCAAAAACAGUACAAUAGUAUCACUUACAAAGCAUAAAAGACAAUUCAUGAUUGAUUCCACAGCGUUUCGUGCUGUUACAGUCAUGGAAAUGGGGUUAAGAGGGCAGGACCAUGUUCCCAUGAGAACAAGAGGUUUUUGCUGAGUAACUGCACGUUCUGUCCACAUGCUGAGACGAGACGUGUCAGGUCAUCUAAGACCACAGAGGAACUCCAAUGAAUGUCAAGCGGGUAAAAAGUAUGAAAAGUGGCUAAAUAACUAAUCUGACUAUGUUUGGAUUAAAGCAAGGUAAUGUUAAUGAGCUUUACAUUUUUAAGCAGAAUAUUUUAAUGGCAAAACAAUGCUUCCCUCACAGCAUUAACACACAUUUUAUACUCGGGGCUGAACAUUUCUGGUUGCUAGGCAGUUUUCCUCGAGAUUCCAAUCAUGCGUGAGGAGGAAACAUUGGGCCGUGAGCAGCUAUAGAGUCUUAAAUUGAAAACAAGUGCAAAAAUCAGUUGAAUAAUUGUCAUUUACACUAUAAAUACACAGAAAGGUAACACUUGUUUUUUAAUACCUUUCAUUACUAUACUAUGUUUUUGGAGAACUCUUUUACUAACCUCAACCAUGUUUGACAAGAUAAUUUAUUAAGGUAUUGUUUUCCACUCUUGGCAUGAUAACGAUGGCAAUAGUUUACGUUUCGAUAUUCAAUAGAUGUCACCCUUGAUUUCAGAGGGAACCAGAAAAACCAGAAGAGCUAUUUGGUAAUUUCCUCACACACCCACACUUUAGGAAUAAAAAUACAAUUUAUCAAAAGUGAAAAAAAGUGAGUACUGUAAAAAAAAAAAAGUACUCCGUAAAAUUUACGGUAAAAAACAGGUAGCUGUGGUUGCCGGAAUUCUACCGUAAAAUAUACACCGUUUAAAAUAUUGCUUUUAAACAAUAACAUAUAGAAGGUGCACAGUGUCAUUCACACAAGCACUAAACACCAUCACGGUGAGACUCAUUAAACUGAAAUAUGCAAUAAACAUUAAUUUAACAACAUUAGAUGUAACAUACAUCCCUAAUAAACAUAACUGAUAAGAAAAAACUAAGAAGAAACCUAGUUAUUUCAAAGAAAAAACAUCAAAUUCAAACAAAAUUUGAAAUGCAACGCUGGGAAUUCUGGGAACAUCAAUUUACGUUUUUUCCCUAUAAAUUUUAUAUUCUUUUUCACUUCCAAAAGUGGUAUUUCACCGUAAAAUUGUCUGAAAUGUCUAUUACAGUUUUUCACUGUAUAUUUUAGGGGAACUUACUGUUAACAGGUUUUUACCGUUAAAAUCACGGUCAUUUUUUACAGUGUGGAUACACCAGCAUGGAUAUACUGGCAAUUCAAAAAUAUCAGUUUAAAUGCACAUGAUUUUCAUUUAUCCAUGAAACAGAGGUAAAUGUUUGAAGAAUAUCCUUGCUGUUCUUAUAAUUAAAGUGAAUAAGGAUUGAAGCCGUCAAGCUCCAAAAUAACACAAAAGCAUUAUAAACGCAUGUCAUAAAACACUGCACUAUAGUUCAAGUCUUUAGAAGUAAAUUAAGUGUUAUACUUUUGUGUUACGGAAGUCAAUAACUUUCUUAAUCAUGAAGUUUGA